UUUUGGCUUUGGCUUUGGCUUUGGCUCUGACUUUGACUUUGUCCAAAACUCGAGCGGGUUUUCGAGCCACGCCGCGCAUUUGUUUUGGAGUUGGAUUGUUUCCUCUUGUCACGUGCUCGGUGUUUUCUUUGUUUUUUGUUGCUGUGCUGCAUUCAGUGGAGUGGUAACGGAGUGGCAGAAGCGAGGCCUGCCUGCCACCAACUUGCAACGUUUGGCGUCGUCUCCGCCGCUUGGACUUGGUCUGACUGUGGCACAAACCCAAAAACUUUCUACUUGCAACUGGUAGCCGGCCAAAAAGAAAGGAAACAGAACGAAGCCAAAGACAAGCAAGCACGCGGCAACAACAGCAGUGUGGCAAAGUGUUGCAUACUUGCCAGCCACUCACCCAAAUAGGAAAGGAGUGAAAACGGAUAUAGUACAUAUACAGAUAUAGUAUAUCCGCACACAUAUCUGGAGAUUGAAAGAGCGAACAGAAGGAGGAAACGACCGGCAACAUGCUGUCGUCAGCAAUAAAUAAAACAGCACGAAAUGCUGCCAAUACGUUCCAUUUGCUGGCCAUCCUUCUCUAUUUCUGCUCUCUAGUGCAGGGGCAGCAGCAGCAGCAGCAGCAGCAGCAGCAGCAGCAGCAGCAGCAGCAGCAGCAGCAGCAUCAGUUGAAGUACCAGCAAUUGCAAUAUCAGAUGCAGCAGCAAUAUGAAUACCAGCAGCAGCAGCACUACCAGCAGCAGUUCCAACAGAAGCAGCAACAGCAGCAGCAGCAACAGCAGCAACAUCCACUGACAUCCACUGCAGGACUCGCCCAUCAGCAACACGAUGAAACAAUCGAUUUGCUGUCCACGCAGCCCACACAGCUGCUGCAAACAGGCGUUUCACUGAUUGUGGAGGAUGGCAAGGGCUCUGCUGGGAGCGAUGGCAACGAUGGGAACGAUGGGAACGAUGGGAUCGGAAACGCCAAUGGAAAUCGUCGUCGCACUGCCACAGUGGGCAUGCGGAAGCGAAAGCGUCGACCCCAAGUGCCGAUGGCCCCCAUGGGGGCCACCGAGGAUGACACGGGAGCUGGCUCUGGCUCUGGCUCUGGCUUUGGCUCGGGUGCGGAUUCGAGUUCGAGUUCGAGUUCGGCCUACUGGCGUGGACAUGUCGAGGACGAUGCGGAGGCUCUCAGGAGGCGCAAGCAGCCCCUAGUCAGGGAGCCGAUGGCUGCCCUGGAACGGGAGAGGGACAAGCAGCGACAUCGGCAGGAGCCCACCCACAGCAGCCCUCUGGAUGCCAGCGUCCAGGCGAGCAGUCCGAGCAAGGCCUAUCGCCGGCCAUACGGCCAGUCCAAGAAGGAGCAGGAUGCGCCGACUGGAGUCAAGCUGCAGACAUCGGUGGACCUGAAGAACAUCCUGAAGAACUCCGGCGGCCUAAGCCUGAGUGAGAUCCUGCAGCAAAAGAACCUCUCCCUGGACGACCUGCUCAAGGGAAAGCAGAAUGCCCUGCUGGCACUCCAGACCACGGCCAUAGCCCCGGCCUCCUCCGCCCAGCCACAGGGGGAGACCCACAGGAAGCAGAGCCACCAGAGCAAGCAGGGAGUGCGCCGCCUGCCCCCUGCCUACCUUAGCAGCAGCAGCAGUAGCGCCACCAGCAAAAGCAACAGUAACGAGAGCGACGAGGAGGAGUCAUUGAGGACCAGGGCCAAGUUUCCAACACUUCAGCGCUUGAAGCUCUUCGGCAGCUCUUCGCGGGAGAGCAGCACCACAAGGCGCACUUUGCCCACUCUGGGCAGCACCGCCACCAGCACGGUCGGACCCAGCAGCAGUAGCACCACUCGCCUGCCGCUGUACAAAAAGAGGCAGCACAUGCGUUCCACCCUGAAACCUCCGGGGCUCUUCAAGUCUGCCACCACCAGCGGCAGCAGCAGCAGCAUCACCAGCAGCACGACAGCAGCAACCACCACUACGCAGGAGGCGGACACGAGCACGCCCAUCUUCACCAGCACCCUGGCCAACAGCAUUGAGGAGUCAGAGGAUCAGGAACCAGAGCAGGCACAGGAGCAGGAGCAGGAGCAGGACGAGCCUGAACCAGACUCGGUCGAAGUGGAGUCUGGGGAAUCCUCCCACACGGAAACACCACUAGCACCUUCCCCAUCGCCGGCCAGCCCAGCCAGCACGGCCAGCACCACCAACAAUCCCAGAUACCGGCUGCGCACCGCCAGCAGCAAGGAGAGCCAAAAGCGGCUCAAGGACAACUUCAUUCACCAACACCACCACCACCACCACCACUACGAUGGAAAUGUUGUGGAGAGCAUCGAAGAUGUGCAGGUGGAUAUGGAUGCUGAGGGAGAAGUGGGGAAGAGCAACAGCACAGAAGCAGCAGCAGGAGAAGGAGGCGGACCACCGCAGCCAGGCAAUGCCAGUGAUGAGCUGAACUACAACGAUGAUGAUCUAGAGAACUUCUUCGACGAGGUGGAGAGCCACACGCACCACACACGAGUGCCCGCACCAGAACCAGCACCAUCUCAAGCCCAGAUUCCACUCGAACCACAACCGUCAACUGAAUCAUCGUCUGCACCAGCACAGCAGCCGCCAGUGAGUCUGGUGGACGACGUAGAUGAUCGCACCGAUCUCCUGGAACUGAUCGAGGAUCGACGAUCGGGGAACCGCCUGUUCAAGGUGCUCGAGCAGCGGAACAUGACCCUCGAGGAGCUGAUCGAGCACCGAAAGCGCGGCUCCAGCCAGCUGCACCUGUCCACAAUCGUGAGCGGGGGCGAUGAGCACUCACGCUUCUACCCUGGCCAGAAGGUGGUGCUGCAGGACAACAUGGACAUUGUCACGGCCUUUGAGAACUUCCCCCACUUCAACCUGAUGGACCUGAAGAGCGUCAAGCCCGACGAGAUCAAGACGGACUCGCAGGGCUCCAGCUACUUCACCUCAAUCAUAGACAUCGAGCCGAACGACAGCGAGAAGCCCGGCAACCGAGGACCCGCCUAUGCACCGACAUCAUCCGCAUCCGCAUCAUCAUCAUUGUCCUCAGCAGGAGUAUCCUUCAACGGCCAGCACAAGCAGCAGCAUUCACGCGGAGAGAAGUCGCUCGGGUUCUUCCCCUCGUGGAAGACGCUGGCUCUGGCCUCCCUGUCCACGGCGACCGAGGAGCGGAGUCCCUACUUUUUGCCACCGCCGCGACUGCUGCUCGAUGGGAACGGCAGUGCCCAGGAGGUGGAGGUGGACACGGAGCCGGAUGAGCAGGAGCCCAGCAGCAUCGACAUCGACCUGAGUGUGAGUCCCUACGGCGGAGCAGGAGGCGAAGGACUGAACAGUUCGCAGCUGGCCAACACCAAGCUGGCACCGAACGACAAUGUGAUCGAUGAGAUCGAAGAGGAGGUGGCCCGGGCUCACGAUCUUCUCGACCUGGAGCUCUCCGGUCCCGGAUUCCAUCGCAGUCCGGCGGCUGCGGCGGCCACCUCGGUGUCCCAACAGCAUUUGGGCACCCUAUACGCUAGUAUGCCGUCCGGCAUUCGAUCGGCGAUUGUGGCCAGUGCUGCCAUUGUGAUCACCGCACUGGCUACCUUCCUGGUGAUCUUUGUGGUCUGUCGCUGGAAGCAGCAUCGCCGACGCAAAAGCAGCUAUCUGAAGACCUACAACGCGAUGAAGAGCAAGCUUCCCCAGAUGGCCCAGACGGUCGCCUCGGCCUCGCGUCGCUCCUCGAUGCGCCACCACAUGGAGGAACUGGUCAUUGGCUCCAGCAGAGGAGAGGCGACAGCGGCAGCGGCAGCGUCAUCGUCAUCGGGAGGCGGAGCCGCAGGAGGAGGAGCAGGAAUGGGCAUUGCGAGCAUCUCGACUGCCGUCUCCUGCUGCACGCCCGUCCACCAGCUCCAGCGGCAGAGCUCCAUGCUCUUCACACGCGACGGAUCGUCAACCUUGAGCACUGCCACCUCCCUGACCACGACAGCUGGGGCUGGGCCAGCGGGUACCACCGCGAGCGGUGCACCGCCACCCACAGCAGCGCUGUGUGGACGGUCCCAGGGAGCAGUGGCCAGUGGUAGCUCCAGUAGCUCGGCAUCCGCCUCGCUGGCCCUGUCGCUGCGCAGUGCUCACCAGAAGCUCAAUACCAUGGACCCCAACUCGCCGGAGGUGCAGGAGUAUCUCUUCGACACAUUGCGCAAAUCGUUCGAUUAUUAGGCAGGCUCACUCAACUAUCGAUAGAGCGAUCACCGGCGAUAGGUUUUGCUGUUUAGGCCAAGUUUUAUACAAAUAUACAUACAUCCACAGAUUCCCCACACGCACACACACACAC